AUGGAGAAGAAGCGGGAAAACGGUGGUCACCCUGCCGCAAAGGGAAACCGUGUCCAGCUGAAGAAGGCAAAAGGCACUGAGGACGCUGCAGUCCCCGAGGCAGAUGCCUCUGCACAGAAGAAACAGGCGGAAGCUGAGGCGAAACUGAGAGCGAUAUGCGCUGCGUUUUGGGGAGACGACGAAGAGGAGAGUGUCCCAGCUUGUUCUCCUCUGCAGGAUUCUUCUACUGGAGACGGCGAGGUAAAAACACGCAGCCGGAGCAGCGACUGCGCCACGGAAACUGCAGGAGCUUCAUCCCACCCUGAGCGUUCCGCGGUGCACGAGAGCCGAUCGACGGGAAAAGUGAGACAAGAUCGCUCCAGUAAGAAGCAGCAGAAAGCCUUCUCGACUUUGCUUGGAGAUGAUGUGCCGUUGGAAGCUUUGGGCGCCUCGCUCUCCGUCUCACAGUUGGACUGUGGCCUUCCGUCGAAAAAGCGACUGAGGGGAGAAAAAGGGGGAUUUCUUGACACCGUUUCAAGCGAAUCUUCCCCCUCCGAUUCUCGCGUACCACCCGUGUCGGUCUCCCGGCGGCUUGGUCUUUUCGGCGAAGACUUUCCUGCGUCUGGACGCUCUUCUGCGACAGCCGAUGACCACGAGAGUCAUGCGCAUGCCACAUCUGGAGGGUUUUCCGGCAGCGUCUCAGGGAAGGAGAACCACGCCCAUGCGUGCGGCGGCCAUUCUCCGAGUUCUGGUUCUGGUGCCAAAAAAUCCGGACGGUCACGGGCGGGGCAAGGUGCUAGCAACGCUGUAUCUGCGGCGGAGGCAGCGAGGAGGAAGGAGGAAGAAGAAAGGAGGAAAGAGAAGGAAAUGUUCGAUGAAACCGUCAGGGAUAUCCGCAAACUCGUGUAUCCGCAUCUUGGAACCUUCCAACGCCGCCAGUACGUCAGCACUGCGCUUCGUGCCUUGGGAGCGAAGCAACUAAAAGAACAGCGGAGGCCGUUACCAGAACUGCUGUCUAGGCAGGCGAAGACCAAGGCGAACAUCGCAAAGAGACUGGAAGAAGAGAAGCACCUCGGGGUGUCCACGCACCUCGAUAAGCGAGGAAACCUGCAGACUGGGGAACGGUACAAGAAGAAGCAGCGAGACCAAAAGCGUGGCCGUCAGGACUUGCGCAAUACGCUUAGCGCAGCUGGUCAUCUAGACAGAAAGCAAGUGAAGAAGCUGCGACUGAAAACAUCAUCGUAG